AUGUGGGCCAAUUGUCAUGCUCACGGGUUCGACGUCAGGCGGAGGCAAACUGCCUAUUUUGUCACCAAAUGCGGUGUGGCUCCAAGUGAGUACACAGUCCCCGAAGAAGUCAAAGCGGCAGGCUUCGACAUCUGCGCGGACGAGCUAGGCUCAAUAGUCGAAAGCCACGACGUCAAGAAACUCAAGUUCCACGGCGGAGUCGACGGUCUCGCAUGCAAACUCAAAGCAUCUCCCACCGAAGGACUCUCAACAACAGACGCUUCCCACUUAUCCCAACGCCAAGACCUCUUCGGGAUCAACAAGUUCGCAGAGAGCGAGCUCAAAAGCUUCUGGCUGUUCGUAUGGGAAGCUCUCCAAGACAUGACGCUAAUGAUCCUCGGCGUCUGCGCGUUCGUGUCCUUGAUCGUUGGGAUAGCUACAGAAGGAUGGCCUAAAGGCUCCCACGAUGGUCUAGGCAUCGUGGCGAGUAUCCUCUUUGUUGUGUUUGUGACUGCUACUAGUGAUUACCGUCAGAGUUUGCAGUUCAGGGAUUUGGAUAAGGAGAAGAAGAAGAUCACCGUUCAGGUGACUAGGAAUGGGUUUAGACAGAAGAUGUCCAUCUACGAGUUGCUUCCUGGGGACGUUGUUCAUCUGGGGAUUGGUGAUCAGGUUCCAGCUGAUGGUUUGUUCCUGUCUGGAUUCUCUGUGGUGAUAGAUGAGUCUAGCUUGACCGGUGAGAGCGAGCCUGUGAUGGUUAAUGCGGAGAAUCCAUUCCUUUUGUCUGGGACAAAAGUGCAAGACGGGUCUUGUAAGAUGAUGGUGACCACCGUUGGGAUGAGGACUCAGUGGGGGAAGCUGAUGGCGACUUUGACCGAAGGCGGCGACGACGAAACUCCCUUGCAGGUGAAGCUUAACGGAGUUGCUACCAUCAUUGGGAAAAUAGGUCUCUUCUUCGCCGUGGUGACCUUUGCUGUUUUGGUGCAAGGGAUGUUCAUGAGGAAGCUAUCAAUGAAAACUCACUGGAUAUGGUCUGGUGACGAGGCCUUGGAGCUUCUUGAGUACUUUGCGAUCGCUGUGACUAUUGUCGUGGUUGCUGUACCCGAGGGGUUGCCUUUGGCUGUGACUCUGAGUCUCGCGUUCGCGAUGAAGAAGAUGAUGAACGAUAAAGCACUCGUCAGGCAUUUAGCUGCCUGCGAGACUAUGGGGUCCGCGACUACGAUAUGCAGUGAUAAGACUGGUACACUCACGACCAAUCACAUGACCGUCGUGAAGUCUUGCAUUUGCAUGAGUGUCCAGGAUGUUGCAAACAAUGGUGGUAGUUUGCGGUCGGAGAUACCUGAGUCCGCUGUGAAGCUGUUGGUUCAGUCGAUUUUCAACAACACCGGAGGGGAAGUCGUUGUGAAUAAGCUUGGGAAGACCGAGAUCUUGGGGUCGCCGACGGAGACAGCUAUCUUGGAGCUCGGACUGUCCCUCGGCGGUAAGUUUCAAGAAGAGAGGAAGUCUUGUAAAGUGGUGAAAGUUGAGCCGUUCAACUCCACGAAGAAGAGAAUGGGAGUUGUGAUCGAACUCCCCGAGGGAGGAGGAAGGCUGCGAGCUCACACCAAAGGAGCUUCGGAGAUAGUCUUAGCUGCUUGUGAUAAAGUUGUGAACUCGAGCGGCGAGGUUGUUCCGCUUGAUGAAGAAUCAGUAAACUAUCUGAAUGUCAAAAUCAAUGAGUUUGCUAACGAAGCUCUCCGCACUCUCUGCCUUGCUUAUAUGGAUCUUGAAAACGGGUUUUCGCCGGAUGAAGCUAUCCCUGCCUCUGGAUUUACUUGUGUGGGCAUCGUUGGUAUCAAAGAUCCUGUUCGUCCUGGAGUUAAAGAGUCUGUUGAGCUUUGUCGCCGUGCGGGGAUCACUGUGAGAAUGGUUACAGGAGAUAACAUUAACACGGCCAAAGCUAUUGCGAGAGAAUGUGGGAUUCUCACUGAUGAUGGGAUAGCAAUAGAAGGUCCAGUGUUCAGAGAGAAGAGUCAAGAAGAGUUACUAGAACUGAUUCCAAAGAUUCAGGUGAUGGCUCGUUCUUCACCAAUGGAUAAACAUACACUUGUGAAACAGUUAAGGACAACGUUUGAUGAAGUCGUUGCUGUGACUGGAGAUGGAACCAACGAUGCGCCUGCUCUUCAUGAAGCUGAUAUUGGAUUAGCAAUGGGAAUCGCCGGAACCGAAGUGGCGAAAGAGAGCGCUGAUGUCAUCAUUCUUGAUGAUAACUUCAGCACAAUCGUCACAGUUGCUAAAUGGGGACGUUCUGUGUACAUAAACAUCCAGAAGUUCGUUCAGUUUCAGCUCACGGUUAACGUUGUUGCGCUGAUUGUUAACUUCUCUUCAGCUUGCUUAACCGGGAGUGCUCCUUUGACUGCUGUUCAGUUGCUAUGGGUGAACAUGAUCAUGGACACACUUGGAGCUCUUGCUUUAGCCACUGAGCCACCGAACAACGAGCUGAUGAAACGCUUACCCGUUGGAAGGAGAGGGAACUUCAUCACUAACGCCAUGUGGAGGAACAUUCUAGGACAGUCUGUGUAUCAGUUCAUAGUCAUUUGGUUUCUCCAAGCCAAAGGGAAGUCUGUGUUUGGUCUCGACGGUCCUGACUCGACUCUCAUGUUAAACACUCUUAUCUUCAACUGUUUCGUCUUCUGUCAGGUGUUUAACGAGAUAAGCUCGAGAGAGAUGGAAGAGAUAGAUGUUUUCAAGGGAAUACUGGACAACUACGUCUUUGUAGUUGUGAUCGGUGCGACGGUGUUCUUUCAGAUCAUAAUCAUUGAGUUCUUGGGGACAUUUGCAAGCACAACACCACUCACAUUAGUGCAAUGGAUCUUCAGUAUCUUCAUAGGUUUCUUGGGUAUGCCAAUAGCUGCAGGACUGAAGACCAUUCCCGUCUGAUCAAACCGCUCUUUAAAGAGUGCUCUUAGGACAGUUUCUUCAGAAUUUUAGAACAGUAAAAGUCUUCUGACAAAGUCUUUGCCUUUUGCAAUUACUCUGUUUUUCAUUGUUGACUUUAAUCUUCAUAGGGUUUUAUAUUAAGGAUACACAUCUGAUUUCUGAUUCCUAUAUUUUUUGUAAGACACUAAAACUUUAAAAUAGACUCUUCUGUGUUGCUUUUUAAAUCUAA